AUGGCGUCUCUUGGGCCGUGCGGGCUUCAUGUCUGUGUCACUCUGUGCGGUUGCCAAGCACCAGGCACUUUCUGCGGCGUUCCACGCUGCAAGCAGCGGUUUACAAUUGCAGCCUUGCAAGGACACCGCAGGGGAGUUGUGGACACCAUCCCAUCUUGUGAUCCUAAACACUUCAGGUCCGAGAAGACAGGCCGGGGGCAGCUCCGAGAAGGCUGGCGAGAUAACCAUCAGCCCAUCAUGUGCUCCUACAAGCUGGUGACCGUCAAGUUCGAGGUAUGGGGCCUGCAGACCCGAGUGGAACAGUUUGUGCACAAGGUGGUCCGAGACAUCUUGCUGAUUGGACACAGGCAGGCCUUCGCGUGGGUUGACGAGUGGUAUGAUAUGACAAUGGAUGAUGUUCGCGAAUACGAGAAAAACAUGCAUGAACAAACCAACAUAAAAGUUUGCAAUCAGCACUCCUCCACUGUGGAUGACAUAGAGGGCCAUGCACGGACCCGU